GAAACCCAGGAUCAACUCCCAGCUGGUUGCUCAGCAGGUGGCUCAGCAAUACCCCAUGCCUCCCCCGCCCAAGAAGGAGCGGAGGGAGAGGAGCGAGCGCUCGGACAAGGAGCGUCCAGACGGCGAAGGAGAGCGCGCCUUCGGAGAGGUUCGUCCAGAGGUGGAGCGUCCAGAGGUGGAGCGUCCAGAGGUGGAGCGUCCAGAGGUAGAGCGUCCAGAGGUGGAGCGUCCAGAGGUGGAGCGUCCAGAGAUCAGGAGGCCAGAGGGAGACGCUCCAGAGAAGGAAAAGAGCGACACCGAACAACAGCCAAUCAAAGACAAACCCGACAGAGAGAGGGGAAUCAUCGCCGCCGUCACGAAGAAGCCCAGCAGCAAAAAAUCCAGACCCAAAUCAGACAACCACCAGAGCCCCCCCAGUGAAAAACACAGCAUACAGUCUGGCAAGUCAGUGACCAAGACCACCAUGAACUCUCACAUCUCCAGGCCCAGACUGAAGAACAUCGACCGGAGCACCGCGCAGCAGCUGGCCAUCACCGUGGGCAACGUGACGGUGAUCAUAACAGACUUUAAGGAGAAGACCCGCUCCUCCUCCACGUCCUCGUCCACCAUCACGUCCAGCGUGGGCUCCGAACAGCAGCACCAAAGCUCCGGCUCCGAGAGCAUGGACAAGGGCUCGUCGCGGGCCUCCACGCCCAAAGGGGAGCUCUCUGUGGGGCACGACGAGUCCUUCUGAGAGCCCCCCCUCCCCCAUGGCCCCCUUUUUCCCCCUCCUCCCGUCCUCACCCCUGUUCCAACCAAACCCCAUAUUUCUCCCACAUUUCUGGACACUAUGGAUGGAGAGAUUUCCCCCUUUUUCCCCAUCGCUGCCCCCUGCCUCCAUUCCAUCCCCAGUCCCCGAUGCUAAGAGGAUGGAUGAGAGGGAAACUAAAUGCUCUUUUGGGGGCGAACUCGGGCUACAAGGAAUAACCCCUUCCCCCCCUCCCAUCCCCAAACUCCCCUCGCGGUAGCAUCGAGACACUUGUUUUGUUUUAUAUUUGUACGUGGAUGUGAGGCCAUGUUUUGUUUUGUUUUUGUAAAGAAGAUAAUCUCCGCUGGGCACAAUAACCCCAACAUCAUUUCAAUAACUAUUAUUAUUACCCUUACUCCCUAUAGAGUGGUGCAGUGACGAGUCCUAUAACCAGGAAGUGAGUUAGCAUUUCACCACUACCGGUUCCCUCGUCUCAGAGCCAAUGGGAUCUCUCCAUAGGAUUUUGGAAAAUAGCUGGAAAUAAGGUCUGUGGUUGACACACAUUUAACUUGUACAAUUUAGAAUAACGUUAGCGUAAAUCUAAUCGCCAGAAGCAAAAUGUUACGUUAUUCUAAAUUGUACAAGUUAAAUGUGUGUCAACCACAGACCUUAUUUCCAGCUAUUUUCCAAAAUCCUAUGGAGAGAUCCCAUUGGCUCUGAGUCGAGGGAACCCAUGCGCAGCUUACUUCCGGGUAAAUAUGUCCUCCCUGCACCGCUCUAUCGCACCUGUAUGCUUUGGUAUUCUCCUCCUUUAUGUUCAAGCUUUGCUGUGUAGCCCUGACGAUCGAUCAUUCCUUCAGUGUUUUUAUGAAGAUGAUAUGACACCACACACACACACACACACACACACACUGGUGCUACAUACACUGUGACGCGGUUUUGCAGAUCUGGAAACGCCCAUUCACUCAAUGUGACUGAUGAUCACUUUUCUCUCAAUAACACUGUCUCACUCCGACCUCCGUCUGUUCAUCUGAGGGUCAGACUUGUUCAGCUAGAUUGUCUAUGAUUUAGUAUGCUAUAGCAGUUCUCUUAUACAGUAUCUUAUGUCCUUAACUGUACAGUGUAGGCUGUUGUGUAAAACACUAAAAGCUGUUUGCUAUUUUUCCGUAUUCCUUUCAUGGAUAUUGGGUUUUCCUGGCUCCAAGUUAGAGAGUUAUUCUUCUGUUGUGACUGAAGGAUGGUGCCACGCGGUUCCUGUUGGUAAAACCGUUCCGAACUUUAAAGUGUUGUGUCGAGCUGUUGUGAAUCACACUUUACUUUUUAUUUUUGGUUGUGAUCCUCCGCCUUUUCCCCCUUUUUAAAUCUCCACUCUCUCAACCUGAAAUAUCCGAGAAAACAAAGUGCAAAGACGUGAUCAAUUUGCAAAAUAUUGACAAUUCCCCUUUUUUGUUGUUUUAAUUUAAAUUAAUUUAAGACUCCUGUCAUUGAAGGCAAACAAAUAUUGCAGUAGUUUAUAAAACAUAAAUGCUCUUUCAAUUUUUCUUUUAAGUACAGCAAGGCUUAUUUAAGGGUUUUAAAUUCCCCUAGCUGAUACUUAGACCAACAUAAUUUCCUUUUAAAGUGUAUUAAAUUGUAUAAAGAAUAAAUGUGUAUAUGAUAUCCUAGUUUUAUUUAUUGAAGGACCAAAGGAAUUUCAUAAUGACAUGAUACAUAGACAGAUAAAUAACAAUUUGAAAUGCAAUUAUCUAAUGUGUGAGAUGAAUAACAGUUCAAAUAAAGACUAAUAUAAUCCAUGUUAAUGGUGUUCUUAUUGUCCAUUUGUCCCUUAGCUAAUGAUCAAUGCUGUGAGUCCAAAAACACCCGGUAGGUGGAUGUUGCCCUAAUUUUUGAAGCAAGAGAAAUGCUGAGAAAAGCUCCGGGUUGAAUCCUUUGACCUUAGUAACCCCCCGUCUUCACUGCCACAGACUCACAAAGCAACUAAAACCAGGUGAGGUGGGGGUCAACAAGUCCCCAAAAACAUCCCACUAUAGGAUGUGAGGGGUUGUGAGGUGAGCUUUUCAGUUUCACACGUAGGGAGGAUAAUCAUGUGAGCAAAGUCCAAGAGGGAUGAGUCCAUGAGGAUCUUCUGCUCUUAAGAUAAUGUCAUUAUGUACUUGAUUGCAUACAAAUAAGGAAUAAAGUGUUCCAAGUGAGGAGAAGCAAUGUGAAUACAACUCGAGGGGGAAAACAAAUCCACUUUUAACUGAGGAAAUAGAAAGAAACCAUGCUUUGUAAUGCAAUCUAUUAGAAAUGGGCCUAAAAAGCCACGUUUUCACCUGCCUUAUCUGCAACUUGACUGAGGACUCCGACAGAAAGGACUCAUUGUUAAAUGAUUGACAUAUGGCCAUUUGCUGAAUAUAUGAACUAUUGCUUGUAUAGGAUUUUCAAAAGGUGCAACACACUAUGAAUGAUGGCAUUGGAGCUCAAGUCUUUUGUUUCCUGUUUCCGCGCAAGCAGUUCUGUUCUUGUGUGCGACCAGUAACCUUAAUUUACUGUGUAAAGAUGGUUACAUUUUUUAGCUUUGUUUGUCAGAGACCAAUAUAAAGAAGGCUUGUUUACUGACUGUAUAACCUUAACCGUGAAUUUCCAAUGAAGUGUAUUAUACAAACUCAUUUCUUCCUAUUACAGUGUCUUGUACAAUGCUUUUUAAAGUUAUUGCUCGGUUUCAAAAAGAGAAAAAAAGUAUUAAAAAAAAGUGUUAGGGACAGUACGAUAAUCCAUUCUUUGUUUAUUGCAUUUUGUGUUUAACUUAUAGCUGAUGUGUCAUUGUUUCCCCUUGUGAAAUGGUCACAUGAUGUUCCUGGUGUGGAAAUGUACGCAGCAUUUCCAGAGGAUCACGGCUCCUUGUCUAGCUUAUAAUGUUAAAAUAAUACAUGUUUCUGGCAUGUGCACGACUUUGCGCUUAUAGGCUAACCUGAUCAGUUUCCUCCGCUUCAAAUAGAAACGUCUAUUUAUGAAUUUUGCUUGUAGUUUUUCACAAAUAAAAUUGUUAAAGUUA